CAAAGGAUAUUUGGAGCGGCAGGACUGCAACUUUAUUGCCAUUGAUUGGUCCGUUUUGGCAUCAGGUAUUGAAUAUCCCAUUUUUGCGCUGGAAAAGACAAUUCAUUGAUUUCCUCGUCGAGAAUACGGAAACGUCGUUUAGCUCAAUUCACUUGAUGGGUCAUAGCCUUGGGGCUCACGUCGUAGGCGGUGCAGGAGCGGCAGUCAGUCUAGGAAGAGUGCCUCGUAUCACCGGAUUGGACCCAGCCGGACCUUUGUUCACCCUCAACGACACGGAGACGCGACUGGACACGACAGACGGUGACUUUGUCGAUAUCAUUCACACAAACGGCGGUACAUUGUUGCACGACCAGCAAGGCUUUUUACCACCUAUCGGGCAUAUUGACUUUUACCCCAACGGCGGUCAAUUUCAACCUGGAUGCACAGCGAAUCAAAUGGAAUCGACAGGUCAAUCAAGAGGUGGCUGCGAUCACGCACGAGUAAUAACUUACUUUGUCGAGUCCAUCAACAGUGAAAUAGGUUUCCGCGCCGUUGAGUGCGAAAGGCAGGACGAUUUUGAUGCUGGAUUGUGCGCCAAUAAUCCGUCCGUUCUCAUGGGCGACCCAACUCCUCCAUCAGCUCGAGGCGUCUAUUAUCUUGCGACUAGCGACAAAGCCCCAUUUGCUUUAGGAUGACGCCCUAAAUCGAUACAAAAAUAAUAGCCUCGUUAAUUGAAUGUAUACCUUCCACAUUUCGCAACAUACUUUCUUGGAAACCUUGUUAUAAACUAGUUCAAAUCGCUUCUAAAUAAAAUCAUGCCAAUUUCUAUUA